AUGUCUGAUUAUAACCAGUUUUACGUUCGAUUAAUUCGAAUUUUUAUAUUCUUGUUUCUUAUAGUCAAAAGUAAUGAUGCUGCUGAAAAUUUGUCCCCUGGAAAUUGCGUGCAAACCUUUAGUAGUGAUGUCGACUAUUUUCCUUCCAAGGUUACCGAAACUUUUGCCCUUGUUCAAUGUGGAACUCCUGUCCCAACUGGUUUACCCGCCGGCACAAAAGUCUUUAAUAUAUCUCUCAAUAAUGUUGCCAUCAUGGACACCAGUGUUGUACCUUUUCUCGAGGCUCUUGGUCUUAGAUCCCACAUUACCCAAUUAGGGUCUUCUUUUGUAUCUUCACCUUGCCUUCAGGCUCUUAUUUCUAAUUUGACUAUAAUUUCUUCGAGCAACAUGACUCUUAAAAGUGAACAACUUUCCAAAGUUGAUGCCGUAUUCGAUUCAAUGUUCAAUCUUACCGAUCCAAAAACAAUCGGUAUUUCUGCCGUUUCUGAUCCUGCUCCACUUAACAGAGCAGAGUGGAUAAAAUUUUAUUCUGCUUUUUUCAACCUUGAAGACAAAGCUAACUCGAUUUAUAAUCAAAUAAGUGACAAUUACAACUGUUUAAAAAAAUUACCCUCUUCUAGCAAUCCUCCUACUGUGGCUUGGGUUUCCUACAAUGCUCCAUCGUCUUUUAAUAAUAAUACUGCUUCUUGGGUAAUUGCUGAUGCUCCUUAUAAAAAAAUUUUGACCGAGAAUGCUGGUGGCAUUUAUUUUAAUACUACCCCACUUAUGUAUUCUACGAGCUCCUCUUUUCUUUCUGCUAUCGCAAAUGUUGAUAUUUUGAUUGAUGAAAGUUUUAUUGCUCGCGAUAUUUCCGAAGUUUAUUCCAACUUUAAUCUAAAUAGUAAUGAUGCGCAAUAUAAAUUUGUUAAAAAUAGUGCUAUUUACAGAGAAGAUGGUGUGACUAGUCCAAGUGAUGGAAGGGAUUGGUUUGAAAGUGCUGUUUUAUUUGCUGAUGGUGUUCUGGAAGAUAUGAUGAAUGUCGUUAAUCCUAAUUUACCUACAAAAGAUUAUAAGAGAGUUUGGUUAAGAAACGUCGCUAAAGGCGAACCUAUAAAAACUGCGGCCUCCA